AUGAAUUGCCUAUCUCUUAAUGUUCGAGGCAUAGGCGAUGAUGCUAAAGUAAGAUGGGUGAGAAGUUUGAAGGUGCUCCAUAAAAUCAAUUUCUUGGGUUUACAAGAAACGCAACUUACAGAUUACUCUAGAAUUGACGUUCAUGGAUGCUGGGGAGAUACUGAUAUGUACUGUGAAGGGGUUGAUUCUGAUGGUAGAUCUGGUGGGUUGAUUUCAAUUUGGGAUACCAACUACUUUCAGAAAACAAUUGUUCUAAAGCAUCGACACUUCAUAAUUAUCAUUGGUAGUUGGUUGGGUAUUCCUGGACAUACUAUACUCGCCAACAUCUAUGCACCUCAAGCAGGCUCUGAGAAACAGAAAUUAUGGGAAGACUUGAUACAAAUUAAACAGAACUGGGUUGGGAAUUGGUUGUUAUUCGGAGAUUUUAACGCAGUAAGACAAAAGGAGGAAAGAUUUAACUCACAAUUUUGUCCGUAUAUUGCUUCCAAUUUCAACAAAUUCAUACACGACGCAGGUGUUAUCGAUUUCAAUAUGAGUGGUGAGCAAUAUACUUAUUUGAUUCGGGUCGAUGCUAAAUUAAGUAAAAUUGAUAGGUUUCUUGCUUGUUCUUCUUUCCUAUCAUAUUUCCCAUCGCUCACUGCCACUGCUCACCCCAGACACUUAUCAGAUCACUGCCCCCUUACUUUGUCUUCGAUUUCAAAAGAUUUUGGUCCUCCAUCAUUUAAGUUUUUCAAUUCUUGGCUCACAGUGGAUGGAAUUGACCAGAUUGUAAGUAAUGCAUGGACUGGUUUCAACCGAUAUGGUCGGCCAGAUGUUUACCUGGCUGCAAAACUUAAACAUGUAAAAGAAGAGAUCAAGAAAUGGCGUAAGAGUGAACAUAAAAAAGAAACCCAGGAACUUACAAAUUUAAAAGAAAUGACUAACAAUGGUAAGUGGGCAACUGAUGUAAGUGAUAUCAAAAAAAGAAACUUACAAAUUCUUUCAGUCGAAGUUCAAGGAGAGAUGGAAGUCACGUCCUAA